AUGUAUGACGUUGAAAAGGAGAAGGAGACACAUAGAGUAUUGUUUUCGGCGAUGAAUAUUGAUCAGCAGAAAGUAUAUGAUGCUGUUCUGAAGUCAGUAGACGAACGGUUGGGACAAUUAAUUUUUGUCUCAGGUGCAGGAGGCACAGGAAAGACAUACCUAUACAGAACUAUUAUCGCAAGGCUUAGGUCAGUUGGCAAAGUAGUUAUACCGGUUGCUACAUCUGGCAUCGCAGCACUGCUGCUCCCAGGAGGAAGGACAGCGCACUCUCGGUUGAAAUUACCUCUGAAUCUAGAUGAUCGUUCAAUGUGUGAAAUUCACAAAGGGUCAAGUUUAGCCGCAUUGAUAUCUAAGGCGGACCUAAUAAUAUGGGACGAAGCUCCGAUGGCACACCGACACGCUUUUGAAACCCUGGAUCGUUCCUUCAGAGAUUUGUUAUCGCAUGAGAAUCCAGAAGCUGGCACACAGCCCUUUGGUGGCAAGACGGUGCUUCUCGGCGGGGAUUUCCGGCAGAUUUUGCCAUUUAUUCCACAUGGAAAAAGGCCAGACACUGUUCUCGCAUCCAUUAGCAAAUCAUAUCUAUGGAAAAUGGCACGCGUAUUCACCUUAUCUAUCAACAUGCGGCUGCGGCAAGAGGACAAGGACUUCGCAAAAUGGAUACUACAAGUCGGAGAUGGGGAAGCUGACGCUUUGACGUCGAAUAAACCAAAACACGAGGAAGGGAAUCAGAUUAUUGUGGACAAAAGAUUACCUAAAAGAGAGAGCCGUGCUGACACCUACCAAUAUACCGUACAUGAGGUGAACGCCUAUCUCCUCUCCAAGAUCCCAUCACAGGCUAGAGAGUAUUUGAGUUCUGAUUCUGUUGAGCUAGAAGCUACGCCAGACGAUGAUUGGACCACCCACUACCCGCCAGAGUACCUCAAUUCACUAGAGUUUUCGGGCCUGCCUAACCACAGAUUGUGCCUCAAAGUUGGUGCUCCGGUGAUGAUGCUGCGCAAUCUUAACCAGGAUCAAGGUUUGUGCAAUGGUACAAGAAUGGUGGUUACUCGCCCAGGUAACAGGGUUGUUAAGGCGAGAAUCAUGACUGGGACAGAUGUCAGAGAAGAAGUUUUGAUCCCUAGAAUACGACUUAGUCCCACUGAUACCAUGCAUCCCUUCACCUUUAAUCGAAGACAAUUCCCGAUCAGACUGUGCUAUGCCAUGACAAUCAACAAGGGCCAGGGCCAAAGCCUGAACCAAGUUGCUUUAUAUCUUCCUCGCCCUGUUUUUACUCAUGGGCAGUUGUACGUUGCCAUGUCUCGAGUAACAACUCCGAAUGGGCUUAAGAUUUUAGACGAGACUUCCGAUAUGGACGGUGAAGAUGGAGUUACUAAUAUUGUAUAG